CUCAGCCAUCUGUGCGCGCACUCGCCCGUCUGGCCAUCCCCCUGCCCAUGCCGCCCGUUUUGGUGUGCACAAAGCCGAUCUCGCUUGGUCUGCUCGUCCCCGUUUGGUCUGCUCGAUCCUGAUGCCUCCCCUGGACUUGUUGCUCAACCGGCUGCCCGACAGCGCCCACAUCCACGCUGCCCUUGCCUCGCUGGGCAGCGCCGGCUUCCACACCGAUCGCGACCUGUUCAUUGCCGACGAUCACGUCAUCGUCCAGAGGGCAAAGAUCAGCCCCAGCACCCUCAAGCUCAUCAAAGCUCGGCUGGCUGAGACCCUGGUCGUCCCGCACUCCCUUGCUUCGGAUCUGGCGGCUGAGGAAGAAUCGAGGGCCUUUUGCAUCCCAACUGGUUUCCUUGGACUGGACCAGGAACUCGAUGGCGGCUUUCAAACUGGCAAAAUCUAUGAGUUUGUCGGCGGACCCGCCACGGGCAAGACCCAGAUGGCCCUCUUUGUCGCUCUCUCGGCGCUGUGUCAUCUCCCGGACGCUACGGUGAUCUAUCUCGACUCUGGCAACUCGUUUUCUCUGGAUCGAUUUCGGCAGCUGUUCGAAUGCAGCAGCUCCUUCAACCGCUUUCACGAGCAGGGCAUGACUAUCGAGAGACUUGUCGCCAGAUUCAGAUGCAUCCCAUGCCACGAUGCAUUUGAGCUUGUGUCGGUCCUGGAGGCUGUUUAUGAAGCCUGUUCGUGUCCGCCUGCAUCGUCCCCGUCCGUUCCAUCGCGCACUUCCAUCGGCCUACUCGUGAUCGACUCGGUUGCCUCCAUACUCUCGCCAAUGCUGGAUUUCCAGAAGGACGUCCAGGGACACGUUCUCUUGCAGACAACUGCCAAUAUGCUGAGGGAUCUUGUCCAGUCCGGCCACAUGGCAGCGGUGACGGUCAACCACAUCAUCCACUUUGGCGAGGAUAAGGCCCUCAGUAACACGAUGAGCGAGUCGAUCGACUUCAGGUCCGCGCUUGGCACAACCUGGGCCUUCACUCCCAACUACCAGCUUCAUUUCAUCGGCGGCACAGUCCUGGACUCAUCCGAAACUCUCUCGAGCCGCAGCGAAACCGGCGGCUUCGAGAACGGGAGCCAUUCCGCGCCAACUCAGCAUCGAAUACGGGUCAUCAAACGCAAUCUGAUCCAGCCUGUGGCCUCGCCGAUAUUCGAGUUGUUCGUGGGAUCCGACCAUGGCUUGUUCAUCCAAAGCUGAAUUUGCUGCCUUUGAUCGGAAUGGCUCGUGAUCCGGCAGCCACCGACGAGAUAUGGGCUGAUGGCACCCGACCCGAUGACGAACAAUGUCCAGCGCAUUUCUGUAGCCUCAGCGUCGCGAAUGAUUCUCCAAAUAUCGGAGGCUGUAGCUGUUUCAUCUCUUGGCAUCUUCUCUGACCCGGAUCGAUGGCCACCUUUGACGACGAAGCGACUCACCCAACACUCCCGCUGCUCUCCGAUCCCGCUGUGUCGGAGAUAAUCGUAGCCCCGGUUUAGCCUCCGCCAAGCG